CCAGUUCUCUGUGCAACAGGGAGCUAAGCAGAACACUUACACUAUUUAACAUCAAUCGGAGUUACAAACUAUUCUGCAGUCGAAUUUCGAAAAAUUACCGGCACGAGUCCAAAAGCAUUAAAAAAAAGAGAGGAGAUACAUAAGGGAGGAUGAGGCUCCUGGCGAUUUCAUUGGUCUUGCUCCACCUAAUUCUCGUCAUUCAUCUAUCUGACGCCCGAGAAAUCACGCACGAGGAUAUCAAAGAUGCCAUGCUGAGUCUCGUCCACAUGAUGCGAGAGAACACAGAGAAGCUGGAGAGGCACGAGGUCAGAGAGCGCCAAUUGGGUGAACAAGUUAAAAAGGCCAUUAGUCUUUUAUCGAAGAGAGUCUCAGCUAUUGAUGGACUCAAGACGCAUCUCACUAAGUUGGAUGAGAGAAUGGCAGGGAUCGAGCAAUUAAUUUCACAGAGAGACGAGAGAGAGAGAAUUCAAAUGCAAAAAACAGCGGACGGCGUUGAACUCUUGGAGAGUCAUCUAAACAGUUGGUUCACGGAUGUGGAUAGCAAACUCGCUGAGAAUAAUCGUCGAACCGAUACCGAAGUACCGAGAAUUCACGAUAAUAGGCCUUCCGAGAUAAUGACAAAACUCAAUAAAACGGAGGCAGCUAUUGGUGGUGAACUCGUCAAACUGGAGUUUGCACUCGAAGCUAUUACCAACAAGCUGGGGGAUGCGCCUGCCAAGCUCCUUGUUGUGUCUGAAGAGGUGGAAAAAAUUGGGACCAGAAUCAGUGAUAUGGAAGCUUCCCUGGAGGUUCUGAAGUCAAGUACUCAACAACUUCAUGAGAAGGUCGGUGAGAAGGCGGAGGUCAGCCCUGCACUCGAGGGACAGGCCGAGACGCUUAUGAGACUGAAAGAACUUGCAGAAGACACUUCCGAGAGGAUCCAACAACUUCCAAUGACAACUGACGUUCAUGCGCUUCACAACGAGACCCAGGCAGUUCUCCAGGAGACAAAGCACGCCCUCAGGGAAGCUAUAGCGCGCGAGGUGCAUGAAAUCGACGUAAAUGUGCAGGAGACGAAUCAGGAAACGAAGCAUGCAAUUGGUGAAUUGAGGUUGGAUAUGGCGAAUAAUGUAGAUCGCGUGAAUGAGGGGCUGAAUGACCUCGUGAAAGGCCAUUCAGUUAUGAUGGCCAUGGCAGAUGACGUUCUGGACACGAAGAAACGAGUGGAAUAUGGGGUUCACCAGAUUCUCCUGGAAGUUGGCGAUUUAGUGAAAACUCAGAGUAUUCACAUCAAUGAUACCCUCAACUCCAGGUUCGAUGGCAUCUCCAAUGACAUAAUGGAUAAUCAGAAUGGAGCUGUUGCCAAUUUAACCACGAAGAUGGAGCAGGAGAUGAAUCAAGUCUGGAGGCAGAUCAAUGUGAUGUACCAGCAGAUGACUGAGAGUGCUAAAGCUCUGGAGAAGCUGCACAAGCAGAAUGAAGCUUAUGUGAAUGGGACAACCACGACGUUGGGGGGAAUGGAGAGUAAAGUCGAAGAGAUCACGAAACGCAUGUCAGAGGUCGACGAGAACCUGAACUACCUCCUGGGUAGGCUCUUCCUGGUGACCCAGGAGUUCAAUCAGAUAAAAUCGGGUCUGGGUGCAGCCCUGGACAACAUAAAGGCCUCGUUCAAGGAGGUCCAGGAAAAAGCCAAUGACCUGAGCAAUCCUGGCCCGCAUCCUGUCCCCGAGAACUACAAGGAGAUGGAUGAGACACCCAAGAACGAGGACGGACAUAUACCGGAGAUAAUAAGCCACGUUAAGUCGUAUUAAAAUGUACGGGUACUUAUUAUCCUCCAUUCCUUCAGUCCUAUUUCUGAGAGAACUAAAGUGCCUUGAGGAUCUUCAAGAGAUGAAUAACAUCUUGGGAAAAAAUUAUUCGAACUAUUCCAACUAUUUGAAACAUUCACAACUGAUUGAACUGAACGUACCCGCAAUUAUCUCGUGAAGGAGUGGGUUUACCGGAAAAUGUGAUAUGAACUUUUUUUUAGAGAAUUUAAUUCUCUGCAAAAACUAUCUAGGGACAUUAGCCUCUAAAACCAGUCGUUCACGAGACAGACCUGAAAGUAGCCCUUCCACCUCAUUAAUAAUUGUGCCUAUUAUCGUUUUAUCGGUUUUGUAUAAAUCCAAGCAUCGUCAGAGCCAUUUACAAGUCCCAAUGUACAUUAAAUAGAUUGACUUCGUCCAUACAAUUUCGUGAUUCAUUGUUUCAAAAAAUCAAAUCAACAAUUUUAACAAAUGAAUUGUUUUGAAAAAUUAAUGAAAAUUCCUCUGAAUUUUUUUUUCACUGCAAUUAAUCACAAAAGUCUUUACGCAAUCAAUUAAUUAAAUAAUGCUAAUAAUAAUAAUAAUCCCAAGUAAUUUUCGUAACAGAAGAUCCUCCAUUUUCCCAAUGAAAUUUAUUUCACACUCUUCCCUUUAGUAUUAUUUUCUCGCCCAAUUAGCGUAAACGUAAUUCCAUGUAUGAUUAGUUUAGAAUUUUUUUAUGCCUCUACCCAUUACAAAAUUAAUAAAAGCGUAAAAUAAAGGAUAAAAUUAAAGAAUAGGAAGAUGGGAGAAUACCUGUAAUGAAUUAAAUCAUCAAUAUUGUCGCCUGUCAACAAAUUGUUUUUACUAUUUACUUAUUUCAUCAAUAAAUCUUAUGACAUUCGUUCUGAA